UGCAACAUAAAGAUAAAACGUGUUUGACGGAUCUAUCUCGGAAGUCAGUCUCUCGCUGGAUCUCAUCUCUGAACAGUGUCCUUUCGUAUUAGGGUUGCGCAUCACGAUCUAAUCUCGAGUACGUCAACCAUGUCCGGAAGCUCAGGUUCCACCGUGUACGUUGGUAAUCUGGAUGAGAGGGUGAGUGAUAGGGUCUUGUAUGAUAUUUUGAUUCAAGCAGGGCGGGUGGUCGACUUGUACAUUCCCCGAGACAAGGAAACAGAUAAACCCAAAGGUUAUGCAUUUGCAGAAUACGAAACUGAGGAGGUUGCAGGCUAUGCUGUCAGGCUUUUCUCUGGCCUUGUGACUCUCUACAGCCGAACACUGAAAUUUGCGAUAUCUGGGCAAGACAAACCCUCACCUCCAAUGGCGGUCACACCCACAUCAAAUUCAUCUCAUAAACCAAGGUCCCACCCUGUGCCAGUUAACGAUAUGGAAAUUUCUCAGCACUCCACGAAGUUGUCAGCACAUUGCAGACUUUCAGCUUAUCACGAUAGUCCUUCUCAAGUGCCGAUCACCCCUGGUGUAAUUAAUCAAUCUAAUGGAUACGGAUCCCAUUUCAAUGGCAACAAUUAUGAAUACAGUCGGAGAGUUUUGGGGACAACAUUGGAUAGCAUUAGCCAUUUUAGGUCUCGCCGCCACGAUACAAGUAACCCAAUCUAUUUUCCAUCUUACAGUUAACCUUAUUAGAUUGUUAGAGAUGGAACUCCCACCUUGGUGAGUCGUUCUAAUAAUCUAAUCAACAUAAGUGACACUGUUGUUGUGAAGCAUAGUUGAAGAUGUGCUAACCAGUAAGUUAAUUUGUGUUAGCCCUAAGCCUUAUCCGUAGGUUGUGCCCAUCAUGUUUGUUAUUCUCUGUAACAUAGACUUAAUGGGAGUAGCUCUUUGUUUA